CAGCGACACUCAGUAAAGCCGAUUGUACACUCAGUUCAUGCGAGAGUAUGAACAAUCUCAGCACAUGCUCAAGCUCGAUGACAUCUCAGUUGGUAGAAGGCCACAUUACUAUUUGCCUCAUCAUGGGGUAMUUAAGCCAGACAGCUCCACCACGAAGCUCAGGGUUGUUUUCAACGGUUCAAGUGCCAGCUCCACUGGUCACUCGCUCAAUGACAUCAUGCAUGCUGGUCCUAAUCUGAUGCUCAACAUCUUUGACUUGCUCAUUUGGAUACGUCAACUCAAGUAUCUCUUUGCGACUGACAUCACUAAGAUGUACCGGCAAAUCAAGAUACAUCCAGAUGACCAGGAUCUGCAACGCAUCGUGUGGGUGAAUGAACAGCAGGAGGAAUCUCAUUUUCRGCUCACUACAGUCACGUAUGGAACCAAAUCAGCACCGUUCCUGGCUGUACGAACGCUCCUUCAGCUUGCUGAAGA